CGCCCACCCUUCACUCGGGGCCUCGAACACACACCCACCAACCCACGGCUAUGGCGGAACAAUCGCGGGGCAAGAUCCCCAUCCUGCUGCUGAAGACCAAGUCAGUACCCAAAGACACGUAUGAGGAGCUUUUCCUUGAACUCGACAAUGGCAGCUAUGCGCCCGUUUUCGUGCCCGUCCUGGAGCACAGGUUCAAGCGAGAUGCCCUGCGUGAGGUGCGCCAGCAUGUCACCCAUCGCGGCUUCGUGCCACAAGCGCAGCAGGGUCUUGCGACAUAUGGUGCGCUGAUCUUCACCUCGCAGCGUGCAGUUGAAGCCUUCAGUGAGGUUGUCCAAGAAAUCCGUAAAGAAGGCGCCCUCGACAUCGACAGUCUGCUCCCAGAGAGUCUGCCGCUGUACGUAGUAGGCCCAGCUACAGCUCGCGGACUGCGAUCGCUGGGCCUUAAGUGUCCAAUUCUGGGAGAGGAAACCGGCAACGGCGAGGCUCUGGCUGGCUUCAUCUUGAGGCACUACAACGCCCUUCAUCCAGGUGUUGCGAAUCCGCCCAUAUUGUUCAUGGUCGGCGAUAAGAGGAGGGACAUAAUACCAAAGACCCUGCAGUCAGAAGAGCUGGACCCAAAGGAGAGGGCGAGGGUAGAUGAGUUGGUUAUAUACGAGACCGGGGAGAUGCAGUCUUUCAAGGAGGACUUCUCGACAAUCUGGCGCAGAAACGCGGACCAAGGCUCGAGACGGCAAUGGGUCGUUGUAUUCUCUCCAAGUGGAUGUCAAGCCAUGCUUGAGAGCCUCGGUCUCCUGGACAUGGAGACUGGGAGAGCCAGGGCUACUGCUGAGCAGAGAGACAUCCUAAUAUGCACCAUCGGCCCGACGACACGCGAUUAUCUGAAGCAGGAGUUUGGCUUUACUCCUGAUGUAUGCGCGGAGAAGCCGAGUCCGGAGGGCAUCGCCGACGGAACACGCUCCUCUGCACGCGACACCGACGGUGGCUCCAGCCCAGCAAAGGGUAACGAUAUCGCAGCCGGUACCAAACGCAAGCCUGAGGUCGAGCCCUCUCCCAAGCGCGACCGCAAGGUGACAAAGAAGCAAGCCACUAUCGAGGAGACUAUGCAUACAGGCAAGGAAGAAGAUAGCGAGAUGAAGGACGCCUCUGAUGGGGGUCAAGACUCGAAAGACGCAGAGGAGGCCGAGAAGAAGGCCGCUGAAGACCUGGUUGAUGCAAGCGACGCGACGGCAUUGGCCACUGGCGAUGAUAACAAGCCUACAUCAACUGACAUGGAGACUGCGGACGACCAGGCGGAACAGGAGACCGACGUCGCCCCUAAAGCCGAAGAGGCUACACAGGAGGAGACGAACGAAGACAAAGCAGACACUACUAAAAAAGAGGCUGUCGCAGACGGUGAAGGCGCGAUCGAGGAGUCCUCCCAGCGCGCAAAGCAAAUGCCAUCAAACAUUCUUGAGAAGGGCGUCAUUUACUUCUUUACCCGGAACCGCGUCGGUGUCGAGGAAUCCGAAAGCGUCGGCGACCUUCAACGCACCUUCUUCGUCCUCCGACCAAUGCCAUCUGGAGCCAAGCUAGGCGACGGUGCUCUCGCCGACGACAAUAACAUCCGCCUCUUCGCGCUGCCCAAGAAGGUCUUCCCCAAGUCGCACAACGAUCGCUUCAUGGCAUUUGUCGAGAAGGCGAACACUUCCAUCAAAGAGCUGAAGGAGAGCUUCUUUGGUGCGGACGAGUACGAGACGAAGACACAAGGCAGUCGACGCACCGAGCCUGUGGCGCCGGUAGCGGAAGGCGUGUAUGCGAUUACGCGCACUGAAGACCGGACGUGCCACCUCGUCUACUCUACCACCAUACCUUCCGAGCUUGGAGAGGUGCAGGAAGACCUAGGUAUCAAGGAUCAGGGCAGCUUCGUCAUGAGUGUCAAGAACCCUGAGCGCAGCGGACCGGCUUCUGCCCAGCUUCCUCAGAAGCCCGCUUUCCCCAAGGAGUUUAUCGACGAGUUCCGCAGACUGGCUUGGGUCGAAGUCAAGCCGAAAUACCUGGACUAUGAGUACUGUCAGAUCCUGCUCAUCGGCGAAAAGAUGGAGAGUGGUGUCGAGCCGACGACCAAGGACCAGAAGCAUGACAAGGAGACUCCACAAGAGGAGAUUGAGAAACUCGAACAUGAGGAUGAGCUGCGCGUCGAGCAUCUUCACGGCGACGACUCUAUCUAUGAUGACCUCAAGAUCAGCAAGAAGGAAUAUCCGCAGGUCGCGACGACCUGGUGAGCUUGAACUGUAGCUCACUGUCACGCGAUAUUAACGAUCUUCUUUCGAAUUUACUGUACAACAUGGAUCAUCGGCGUUCAAGGGCGCAGGACAUAUCCCGGCAUGGCCUCUGGUACGGAUCUCGGAUGAGAAUGGUCAGAGGAACCGGUUAUAGGGCUUGGUAUCACUCAUAAACUUCCUCACAUCGAGUCGCAAUAUAAUAAUCAACUGUACUCCAC